AUGACGUCGUUGGGGGCGAUGCACAAGGCUUUGGUGGCGGCGUUUUCGUCGCCAGCCUCCAAGCCCGAGGAGGUUCGAACGCUGCUCACCAAGCUGAAGAUCGGGCUCACGGAGCACAACCUACUCGUUCCUUCUGUGGCUUCGUCCGCAUCCAAGGCGGAUCUGGAGAUGGCGAGGUCGGUGUUGGAGAUGGGGGCGUUCUACUCGGUUCGCAUCGGCGACAUUCCGGGUUUCGACCGAUACCUUUCACUGCUCACGCCUUUUUACGACAGCACCCUCUCGGCUUCGGAGAACUACGAGCCGCUGUUGGGAUUGAGGCUGUUGCGACUGCUUAGUUCGAACCAGAUCUCGGCGUUCCACACGUUGAUCGAAACGCUGCCUACGGACUUGGUCAACAAAAGCACGUUCCUCCAGCAUCCUGUCAGUCUCGAACGUUGGUUGAUGGAGGGAAGCUACUCCAAGGUGUGGAGGCUCAGUCGCGAAAAGCCGCCGCAGCACGAAUAUGCCUUCUUUGUGGAUCUGUUGAUGGACAUGAUUCGAAACGAAAUCGCUAGCUGCGAAGAAAAGGCAUACGACCAUCUCGCCCUGCACGACGCGGCGACGCUGUUGUUCUUUGAAAACUUGGAUCAGGUCCUUGCUUUCGCCCAAACCAGAGGAUGGCAAGUCAACCCUUCGACACAGGUGGUCUCGUUCACGUCCGCCGAGGCUGCACACUCGGCCAACGCGAUCCCGAAGAAGGCGACGAUCGCAACCAACCUCGUCUUUGCAAAGGAACUCGAGUCCAUCGUCUAA